ACAGGCAACCUGAAACAGUGGUUUGCUUGGGAUGGUGAAGCCUUCCAGAGGCACAUCGGCCUUGACUAUGGUCCUGUCGUGAAGUUGCACGGUAUGAUUCAGCGACCAAUGCUGUAUGUGUCAGACCCGAAGGCGAUACACAGUAUCUUAGUCAAGGAUGAGCCCUUCUAUCAAGAGAGUCCGGCUUUCACAGAAGUGGCUCGCGUAUCAUUCGGCCCUGGGUUGCUCUCUACGUUAGCAGACAGCGCAAGCCGCUGAAUCCCGUCUUUUCUAUCGCCCAUACACGACACAUGCUUCCAAUAUUUUACAAUGUCGUCUCGAAGUCCGACGAUGGGCAGGCUGGU